AUGCGUGCAGAUGAUCCUCUCGGAGCCAAGAUCGUUACGGCUAAGCAUUUAAUGUUCCACAAUCCCGCGUUGCCGCUCAACCUAUGUAUCAGAAGGAUGUUGCCAAGUACUCUCAUAAGGACGGUCAUGACUCGGAGACUUUUCAUUUAUCCGGGCGCAAUCCAUCCCCACUGGAACAUACCUCAGGUGGUGGUACCUCGACCCAACCCGCCUCCGGUCUCUGAUCCUGUGUUCACGGUCACAAGGCCGUUAAACGAUACGUCGGCAUCUGUCCGAGAGCGCAGAGCAACGGGAACUCGAACAAAACUGUUGCAAGCAGCGGAGUCCAACCGUCGCAAGAAGGAAGCAGCAUCGAAACGCAAAGUGGACAUGAAAGCGGCCUCUGCGCAAACAUAACCAUUCCGGCAUGUCUACCGAUGAUCUGGUUUCAGAGGA